GAAGGGAGGCAGGAGACGGCCGCCGCUUCCCCGCCGCGCCGCGCCCAGUGCCGCUUCCUUCCCCGGGGCAGCCGCGAUGGCUGCGCAGCUCCGCGCCCAGGAGGUGGAAGGCCCGCGGGCGGCGGCCCCGGCGGCCCGGCUCGGCCCCAAGGUAUGCCCGGUCUCCUGCACCCUGCUGACUUUCUUCCUCCUCGCCGCCUGCAGCAUCCAUGAAACCGAGCAGAAAGGCUACUGUGAGAAUAUCAUCACCAAAAAGCACCUGGAUAAGCUGCAGGAGCUGAUUGACUCCCAGAUGCUGAUGUCCUGCCACGUCUCCUUUGAGUUCAUUGAUGAGCUGCAAUUGGGUGACCCCAUCUGCUUUGUCAAAGCGGCUUUCCCUCGGCUGGAGGACAUCCUUGACAAAAUGAAAUUCAAGAAGAACUCUGAUAAUUUUAACAAGACAAAAGAUGUGCAAAACAUGUACAAGAAAAUUGACGAGAAUGAAGUUCCGUGCAUUGACGACCAGGAUGAUCAUGAGCGCGAGCUCUCCCAGGCCUGCUCCAAGGAGUUCUCCAUGCCUCCCGAGAAGAUGCUACAGCUGGUGAAGAAUUUCUUUCACCGAGUUAUGGUCCUCUUAUCCAAAGAUGUGGAUUUCAAACGCGAUUGCAGCAAAACCUACCAGAAGUGUUCUGAUGCCCCGAAAAAGGAACUGCCGUCUCCAGGUGUGGUGACUGACCGUGACUGCAACUGUCCAUCCCCAAACUCCCCUCGUGAGGGACCCCAAGCCUCUCCCCACCCAGCCUUGGCCACCAAGCCCUUCCCUUCCACUGUACCCGGCCUGGGCAGCAGGGAGGCGGCUGCCAGCACCCGCCUGGCCCACAGCCAGCCUGGUGCCAUGCAGAGCCCAGUCAAGUCAGACAGCAGCGCCAAGCCCAGGGUAUCCAGGAGCACGCACCAAGCCCUGGUUGCUCUGGAGAUCCAGGGGGUCUGGGCUGGCAUCUCUGCCAGUGUGUCCUCACCACCAGCAGACCUGGAGCUAGCAUCAGCAUCACAGGGACCUGGCAGCGCGUCCGUCCGCACUGAACCGCUCCUGGACCUAACCGAACCUCCCAGCCGGGAGCCCCCUAGCACCGGGGAUGUCUUCACCUCCCCUUCCAGCCUCCCGGCCUCUGGUGGAGAGACGCUACAGAGGGAAGAGAUCCAUCGCACCAGGACAGAGGCUGAGCAAGUCCAGGCAUGGCCGACUGGGCUCAGAUUGUUCCUUCGCAAGCCUGGUUCACCGGACUCCUCCCCCAGCGCCAAGCCGACCCAGCCAUGGGCAGGAGAAGACAUCACCCAAGCCAUCUGGGCAUUCUCAGCAGCAGAGCCGAGCACCCACCUGAUAGAUCCCAGCAGUGCCGAUGCCGGGUCCAGCCCAGCCCUGACAUCCGAAGCAGUGGAGGCCUCGGGAGCAGACCCCGGUGGCCGAUUAGUGACCCCCCUGCACAGUGAGCUGUGGCCGAUCCCCUCUCUGGGCUCCGAGGAGCCCCUCUCUGUAGUGCAGCACCGGUUCUCCAGGAUGUCUGCUACCACUGACCGCCCUACUGCCCCAGAGACGCCCCCCGGGGGGAGUCCUCUGCACCCAGCAGGGCAAGGCAAAGCCCCAGACGUGCAGCGCACCACGGAGCUCCGAGGAAAGAGAACAGGGGGGCUGCCCAGGUUCAGAGAGCUCGACGACAGCCUGGCGGGGCCCAUCCCUGACCUUAACAUCCUUCCUCCGAACACAGACCAGCGCAGGAAGGAGGCGCAGCCCAAGGAGACCCAGCGGGAGGUCAUGUCCUAUGUGCUGGUAGCAGUCCUGGCGACCGUGGCGAUUCUGCUGGCUGUCGGAGGCCUGCUCUUCUACAAGCAUCGAUCCAGGACCCAGGAGGGACGGCUGCAGCGGAGAGGGAAUGACCUAGAAGAGCAGGAGGGAAGUCCGCUGAAUGGAGCGGAGGAGCCUCUGGAGCUGCAGGUGCAGGGCGAGCUAUGAGCUGGGCCUUUCCUGUGCCAGGAAGAGCAACGGCUUGAGGCUUGGAUUCCGAACCCUCCCUUUUGUGUGGGAUCUCAGCCCCAUCAGGAGGAGAAUCUGCAGCAGCUGGACCACUCCUCCAUCGUCCCCAGUGCCAACGAUUGUCACUUGCUCUCGCUCUCUGCUCCUCUCUGCAAGGUCGGGAGAGACUGAAAGAUCUGGAAAUGGAUGCUGUUUAUUCUUGGCACUGGCGCCUGGGUUCCACGCUGCCCCACGCCCCGGCCAAUCCCACCCCUUGCUCUCUAGCUACUGGCAAGCCAGAGCAGCCUGCAGGACCGCCCCAGCAGACCUGGCACCAGGAUGGACAAAGUUUGGCUCUGAUGAAGGGAGAUAAACAGUCCUGCGACUUGCGUUGUCUGAUCCCCUCCAGCCUGGAAAGGGUUAGGUGGACUCCACAGAGAGUUAGGAUAGCGUGAUGCUGGCUCCUUCAGGGGCUGGCUGUGCCUGCCGUGGAGGGCUCAGCGAGAAGGGGCAUGCCUAGGCAGGAAUGAGAGGACUCUGCUGAGCCUGCCAGGUUGUCAUUGCUCCCUGCAUGCUCUGGGUCAGAGUUGGAUGCAGGAGGACAGGAGGGGUGGGGACUGCGGUCUGGGGUCUCUUUCUUCCCGCUUCUUAGACCAGCUCCAUCUCGUGACAUGGCAGAGGGAAUCCGCUGCUUUUCGGAGAGGCUGCCACCUGGCCGCGAGCGGAGUCUGCCUCUCUCUCUCCCCUGUCUGCCCCAGCACGGUGGCCUUUGGAAUGAUCAUCAGAUGGCCCCUUUCAGGAGUCGUUUUUAACGACCUGCACGAGCCAGCAUCGGUCCCCUCCAUGCCUCGAGGCUGCUGUGUCUGGCUGUCUGGCCCCAGAGCCCUGAUAGCGUACUAUGCAAUGCUUGCCCUCUCUCCUCUCCCCAUGCCCUUCGCUAGAAGCCUGUUGGCUCAGCAUAUUGGACUCUGGGAUCGGUCUCUGACCUUUGGGGUUCCCACCCCUGCAAAGUGUGGCCCUGUCCCCUCUCCCAUCCCCCUGCACUCCAGUGAGAGGUAGAGGCCCUGCAAAGAGAGGAAGGGGCACCCUCAUUUUAGGGGAGCCUGCUCCUUCCCAUACCCAGGACAUGCUGCGGAGUGGGUAAUAGGGGUACAAAUUGGGGUCCUGGAUCCCAGCCCCCAAAGGGAAAGAAAACCUCUACACUGUGAAUUUUAACUCUCUCCUGCUUCCCCCUGAGCAACAGGGGCUGGCUGGUGUUUGGGUUCGUGCCUACCGCUCCUUUCCCGUACACUCAGCGGGCCGUCCAUCCUUCUUGUGCCUUCUACCCUUUCAUUCCGUCCUCCUCCCCCCAUCCCCUGUCCAGGCAUCCUGCUUGUCGUGAUGUAGCUGAUGACCCUGAGCCGGCCUCAGGUUGGGAGAACUGCGUUUAUGCGUUAAUAUAUUGGAGAAAUCUCCUUCUCCUGUAAAGUAUUUUAUUGGAGGGAGCGGGCGUGCCCGGCGGUGGGAACUGCAGGCGGUGGGUCACGGCCGGUGGGUGGCUUUCUAACGCAAGCUGGCCUUGUGUUCUGGCCUGGAUGUUUAUGACUGUGCUUUAAGAGACUGAAUAUGUCUCGUUCUGUCAAGGACUUUUUAUCCAGUAACAUGGGUGCAACAGACCAACGGGCCUUUGAUCCUGUGUGUAUAUCUCAGUAGGGUCAUGUGGGGUGGAACUCCUUUACCGAAUUACGUUGCAUGGAGAUCAUUAAUGCCCCCUGGAAGUGACAGCCCUGUGCUAGCUGGCGCGGUCCGUCUACGUAGCUCCGGUCAGGAAGUGGGACAUGGGCAGAUUUCAAGCUGAUCACAGCUCGGCUCAUCCCGGUCUUUAGUCACCUCCUGGCUCAGCUGUUAAAACGCUGGGGAGCUUUGCCAGCCUUCUGUGCUGUCCCCAUGGUACCGCUGAGGCUCAGAGGUUCAGGCCCAUUCUGAGCUUAGGACAGAUCACACAGCGAGUCAGCAUCAGGGCCCAGAGCGGGUCCCACAACUCCCAACUGCUCGACCGGGGUCCAAGGGGCCACCGGAGCUCCCGUUGCGCUGUUGACAUGCCCCCUUCCUAAAUCUUGGCAGCCCAGUCUGCAGGGGGCUCCAGACAGCCUCGGUCACCUCCACUCCCCGGGAGGAGGGCUAUGCCAGCCCCCUCUGCCAUCACCUGCACUGGUGGCCCAUCCCGUUCAGAAAUGAAGCCCGUUGGACCACUCAGGCCUCACAGUUGCCUCCAGCCUCUCUCUGAUCUUGGCUUCCCCGUCCAGGACCCUCCACCACUGGGGAGAAGGUGUUACUCUUCCAACUGAGCUGUGCCCUCCCCUCUCUCCAUCAGACCUCCUCCCCCACAACCUCGCCAUUGUCUUGCACCUGCUAUGGGCCUGCUCUGCAUCAUAUGGCAGAAGAGCCCACAUUGGGCCGGAUCCCCCGCUGGAGUAAUUCGGCAGAGUUCCCAUUGCCUUCAGCAGUUUACGCCAGCUGAGGAUCUGGCCCAUGACAUCAAACUUUGCUGACACUCAGCAUCUGAUCUGAUUCUAGGGCCAGAUGCUCAGCGGGCGUAAAUCAGUCUAACUAUGGGACUCUGCUGUUUGGCCCCCAACUUGAAGACGGGGAUGUCUCUGCUUUCAGCGAUAAAUGGUUUAUUUUUUUAAAUGGCAGGAGAAAACCUAUUUAAACCCUGUAUUUUUAAAUUAUUAAUAUGUUUCUUAAAGUAUAUUUAUUCAGUCCAAAGGCACAUUCCCCUUCCAGUACGGCGUGCGAUUGUGGUGAGAGAUACACACAGCUCAGGUGUCAAGGGCACAGAGAGUCUGAUUCGGAUCUCAUGUACCCCUGUGUAAACCAGGAGUAAUUCCACUGAGUUCAGUGGAGUCAGAUGUAAACAGGAUCAGAAUCAUGCCUGUAAAGUCCAUCUGCUCGUCAGCCUGCCAGAUCUUGGGUUGGCGUCAGCCAGCGUAUCUCUAUGGCAAGCUGUGGAUCUCUGGCAAUUUACUCUAGGGCUAACAAUCCACGGUCUGACUCUGUCUACUAGAGCUAUGCACCUGCCAUGUCAUGUUAUUCCACAUAUAUUAGCCGAUGGGAGAGUAGCUCCCAACAAAGAGUUAUUGUUUUGGUCCCAACUGUGUUGUUUGUGUGUCUGUUGGUUUUUUUUGUUUUUUUUUUAUACUUCAAAAUUGUGAAUUAUUUUAUACAAAGUCAUUUAAUAAAUAAUGUCUAUUUAAAAAAACAAAUAGAAACCAGCUUGUGUAUUUAACAAUAAUAAUAAUAAUAAACACGGAUGUGUGGCAC